AAAAGAAAAAGAAAGUAUAAAUAAAAGAAGCAGAAAUGUCAGAGCAGAGGAAGGAGAAGCUCUCGCUGGAAGGAUACCUCUUCUUCGUCGAGACUCGUAACCGCCGCUGGUACUCUGUUGAUCAACUCAACCAGGUCCUCUCCAUGCACGGAUUCUGCCGCUUUCGCACCAAGAAGGCGAUCAUAGAGGCGUUGAAGCCGGUGGAGUUAAUGGCGGCCUCGAGAUCAACAUUGGGAAAGAAUAGGAGCAUCACAGCCGUAGAUGCAGGUCUGGAGCUCGAGGAGAUCCAGGGAGACAUUGCAGCCAUUGGAUGGGCCGAGUGCCCUUUGAGCUCCGUUCUAACCAUCCCAUCAAGCCCAACUGACGAGCCGAUUAAGAAAAGGCCCAUAUCCAUAGCUAACUGGGGAGCUAAGAAGAAGAGAAACAACAAGGCACCUCCCUCGCUGUUACCGGAUGCGAAUCCUUACCCGUUAGCAGUCUUAUCGGAUCUAGUUAACAAUGACAACACUAAUAUUACUACUUAAGUAGUAACAUACCAAUCUCAAAUGAAGUCCAAGUCUUCUUUUUGCUGUUCCAAAACAAUGGUUGCAAGGGCUCGUCUAUAAGCAGUGGAUCUGAGAUUACGGACUAGCACAAAGAUCUCAGGCCUGCUCUUCUUGUUCAUGCUCCAUUGUUGGUUUCUUAGUAGAGAAAGCAGUUUUGCUUCACAGUAUGAUACUGCUACUGGCUUGCCACUGUUUGUUUAUA